AUGGCAGAUCGGUUCCCAUCUCUCGACGAAUUCUCCGCUGGUCAGACAGAGCCCGUAGUCACCCAUGGCAGCCCAGGAGGAGCAGCUGCUGAUGGCGAAGACUUCUUAACCCGCGAACGUGCUCUCCUGGGCGAUGACGCCGAUCAGUUCGCUACUCCAAAUGACCAACUGCAGGCAUCUGUCACGGUAGAAGACGUUGCAGGAGAUGAUCUGUUAGGCGGCGGGGGAACACACGAGUAUCAGCCGGGUAAUCUUGAGGGCGGAGAUAUGACGGGUUUUGAAUCGUCGUUUCCCGCCCUUGAAUCACAGAAUGAGCAAGCUUUACCAGGCGGAAGCAUCACAGGCACAAGCCCCUUCCAACCUUCAUACUCCACAUACAAGCAACCAGAAGAAGAGCCAGAAGCGGUCCGCGAAUGGCGCCUAAAACGCGAUGAAGAGCUCAGUCGCCGCGCCGCUCUCUCCGCCGAGCGCAAAGCGGCUACAAUUACCAAGGCCCAACAGGACAUCGACGACUACUACGAAUCAUACAAUAAGCGGACAGACCGCGCAAAGGAGCGCACGCGCAAGGAGGCAGAGGAGUUUCUGGAGAACCGCGAAGAUACGGCUGCGGGCGGAAGCAGUUGGGAGCGGAUUGCCAAGUUAGUGGAUGUUAGUGGGAAGGGACCGAAGGGCGGUGCGAGUGGGUCCGGCAAGGAGAGGUUUCGCGAGCUGCUGCUUGAGUUGAGGAAAGAUGAAAAUGCGCCUGGGUCUUCGGGGGUUUGA